CACCAGGCGGCGACAACUCUAACCCCGCCAAACAAACAACCAAUCAGCGCGGAGAACUUUAUGUCAGAAAAUAAACACAACUUUAUACGAAAACGACUUUCUAAAGUCGCUCCAAAUCGCGGUUUUUACGAAGCGUUAUCGAAUUAAGCGAUAAUUCUUAUUGUUAGCGAUUCCGAAUCGCCCGAAAAUGUCGCGAAAAAAGGAUAUCUCCCGAGAAGAAAUAGCGAAACAAUUCCUUCUUCCCGAACGCCAAUCGAAAAUCGAUACCCUCCUCAAACAAGACGGUCAAGCUUAUUGUAUUUGUCGCUCUUCCGAUAGUUCGCGUUUUAUGAUAGCUUGCGAUGCGUGCGAGGAAUGGUACCACGGUGAUUGUAUCAGUAUCUCCGAAAAGGAGGCUAAAUUAAUAAAGCAGUACUUUUGUAUUCGUUGCACUGAAGAAGAUAACACCCUACAAACGCGUUGGAAAACAAAGCGGGAAGAAAACGCCUCAUACAAAGAUAAUAAAGAGCGGGAUAAAACCAAAAAACGAAAAGAACGCGAACCCAAACCGGAUAAGAAGCAAAAAAAAUGCGGGGAUUGCAUGGGGUGUUAUCGCACGGAAGAUUGCGGCCGCUGCGAUGUUUGUACCCGAAAACACAAAUACGGAAAAAGCGUUAAAGAUCGUUGUAAACAAAGAGUUUGUGUUAAUUAUGGAAAUCGAAGGAAACGGAGGGAUUCGGGCUCCGAUAACGAACCCCCUGGAAACGCCCACCUCCAAACGGAUUAUGCCCGACAAUGUUACGGCCCCGCUUGCAAAAAUAGCGCUCGAUUUGGCUCAAAAUACUGCUCGGAUACUUGCGGGCAUCGUUUAGCAACGAAUCGAAUUUACCAAGUCCUUCCCCAACGCAUUCAAGAGUGGGCCCUAAGCCCCUGUUUGGCGGAAGAAAAAAACAUUAAAAAUCUCGAAGAGGUUAGAAAACAACAAAUGGAGGUGCAAAGGAUUCUGCAUGAACUCGAUAAACGCCAUCGCGAAUUAGACUUAAUCAUAGAAAGAGCCCGAAAUGCUUUAAUCGAUCCAAACGCUGAAUACGAACAUGAAGAUGAAUCUGAAAUGUCGAUGUAUUGCAUCACUUGUGGGCACGAAAUCCAUUCGAAAACGGCUAUUAAGCAUAUGGAGAAAUGUUUUAAUAAAUACGAAUCUCAAGCUUCGUUUGGUUCCGUUUAUAAAACUCGUAUUGAAGGAAAUAACAUGUUUUGCGACUUUUUUAACCCAAUAAACAAAACUUAUUGCAAACGGUUAAGGGUGUUAUGCCCAGAACAUUGCAAAGACCCCAAAAUUGGGGAAAACGAAGUUUGCGGGUGCCCCCUUGUUACGAACGUUUUCGAUUUAACCGGCGAGUUCUGCAGGGCUCCCAAAAAAAGUUGUACUAAACAUUACGUUUGGGAGAAAUUGCGCAGAGCGGAGGUUGAUUUGGAACGAGUCAGACAAUGGCUUAAAAUGGAUGAGUUACUCGAAAAAGAACGCCAAAUUAGGCAGAGCAUGGCAUCGAGAGCCGGGGUUUUAGCUUUGAUGCUUCAUUCCACUUAUAAUCACGAAGUUAUGGAAGAAAUUACAAAGGCAAGUCAACAAGAUCAACAUGCGAUGCAACGAGAAUUAUCGAGACGAUUUAGAAAACGUAUUGGGAACUCUAAAACGCGUGUUUCUUAAUUUACAGUUAAAAUUAAUGUUUUAAUAAUAAAAUAAAAGGUUUUUUUGAUGAAAA